AUGGCGUAUGUAGCUCCAUAUCCAGCCGUAGAUCCUGGGCUUCAACAGCAUAUCGCUGCUCCGCCUGUCCCUGUCCUUGCAGCAGCUCCUAUCCCUACCCCUAUCCAUAAUACUAUCCCUGUUCCUGUUCCUGUUCCUGUGCCUAACUCUGUGCCGGCGCCGGCGCCUGUACUAGCGCCAGCGACCAAAGGAGAAGACUUGUAUGAGCGCGUUGGACAAGUUGGUGAAGGAACAUACGGCAAAGUAUAUAAAGCCCGGAACAAACAGACAGGAGAGUAUGUUGCGCUCAAAAGGAUUCGCAUGGAGGCUGAGAAGGAUGGGUUCCCUAUUACCGCGAUGCGAGAGAUUAAGUUGUUACAGUCCCUAAGUCAUCGCCAUGUUGUCAGUUUAAAGGAGCUUAUGGUAUCGAAAGGUGCGGUGUACAUGGUAUUUGAAUACAUGGACCACGAUCUAACGGGAAUUCUAGGGCAUCCUCAUCUAAAAUUCCGACCGGAACAUAUCAAGUGCUUAAUGAAGCAACUGCUUGAAGGCCUUGGGUUUUUGCAUCACAAGGGUGUCCUGCAUCGUGAUAUUAAAGGCUCCAAUCUGCUGGUGAACAAAUUGGGCGAACUCAAGUUGGCAGAUUUCGGACUUGCGCGCGUUUUUCAGAAGAAGACUAAACGAGAUUACACGAAUCGUGUCAUCACACUAUGGUACCGACCUCCAGAACUCAUUCUUGGAGCAACAGCUUAUGGGCCAGAGGUUGAUAUGUGGAGCGCUGGUUGUAUUAUGGUAGAGCUUUUUACUCGCAAGCCGAUAUUUCAGGGACACAAUGAGAUUACACAAUUGGAUAAUAUUUGGAAAACGAUGGGAACCCCCCAAAAAGAUACUUGGCCAGAUGUUGAUCAACUCCCGUGGUAUGAGUUGAUCAAGCACUUAAACUCUGAGGCGAGAACUUCAAAAUUCCGUGAGCUAUUUGGCAAGCUCAUGAGCCCAGCAGCUUUAGAUUUAGCCGAGGCUCUAUUAAGCCUCAAUCCUAAGCGCCGACCAACGGCUGUCGAGGCAUUGACCAACUUCGACUACUUUACCAAAGAAGAGCCUGCUGCAUGCACGCCAGAAGAAUUACCCAAGAUCGAAGGCGAUUGGCACGAGUAUGAGUCCAAGCAGCGAAAG